AUGCUUGACAAUAUAAUGGACAUUUUGUUUGAAUUUGCAACUGACAUUGAAGAAAAAUCCGAGUGCCGUAAUACCCCAAAGGGACUAUUUUAUCAGAUAAGCAAACUUGAGACAGGGAUUUUUGCCGAAUUCUGGAACACUGUUUUGCAGCGUUUCAACAGCAACAGCAGCAAAACUCUGCAGUCUGUUCAGCUGAACCUAAAUGCUGCUGUUGGUGUUUUGAAAUCGUUAAAAGAUUUUAUUAAUGAACAGCGUACUAAAUUUGAUGCAUUUGAAGAAGUUGGCAAGUGUCUAACAGAUACUGAGGAGUAUAUUGUGGAACACCACCGUCUUCAACGUCGGAAUGUCCGUCAGCAGCCACUUGACUAUGGACACAGUGAAGAAGCUCAAUUAACGCCAAAGGAGGCCUUUUAUGCUAAGGCCUUUCUCCCAUGUGUUGACAAACUUUUAAUGUGUCUGGAACAUCGCCUAGGAGCCUACAGUGAAGUGUGUGAUUUAUUUGGUUUCUUUAUAAACUUUCCAGCGAUGGACUCUGAAUCCAUUAACAUUGCAGCAGAAAAGUUGUCUGCUUUCUACAAGCAUGAUCUGGGCACAACAUUUGGUGAUGAACUAAUUCAAUUUCAGUCAUUCAUUUCUCUUUUCCUGGAUGAAAAACCAGACGAUUGCAGCAUAGAGCAAUUCAUGUACAGUACAAUUAAUGACAAGGAUGUAAGAGAUACUUUUCCGAACACGGAAAUUGCUUUAAAAAUCUACCUUACUUUAAUGAUCUCUAACAGUUCAGGUGAACAAUCUUUUUCAAAAAUGAAAUUAAUAAAAAACUUACAACGCACAACCAUGAGCCAGAGCCGUCUCACCAAACUAUCUAUAAUGUCUGCUGAAUCUGAUAUACUUUGCGGUCUUGAUUUUUUCCAACAUUACAAAGACCUUUGCUGCUCAGAAAGCACGUAG